UGUGAAUUUGUGUUUUUACAAGGGAAGUAAUUCAUAAACAAACCCUCCUUUAACAAUUUCAAAAGCGUCUACGUGAUCCUGAGCAAGUUAAAAAUGUUUCGUAAAUUUUGUUUAAUUAGACCUAAUUUGAUCAGAAAUGUUUCAUGGUCUAUGCAGAGACACUUCUAUCAAAAUUCUAAACAUUUGUCUGAGUCAAGCUCACAACCUGGUAACCAGGGAGAUGCUGAUCUUCGCCUUAGUGACAGUUGUGUACAGCGGCUGAAAAACAUUAAGGGUAAUGACUCGUUUUUGCGUAUAGUUGUUGAGGGUGGAGGCUGUUCCGGGUUUCAAUAUCAAUUUGAACUCAGUAAAGAUUUAACAGAAGAUGACAGAAUAUUUGAGCGUGAUGGAGUGAAAGUUGUUGUGGAUAAUGAAUCUUUAAAUUUUAUCAAAGGAUCCACUAUAGACUAUCAUGAAGAACUGAUUAAGGCUGCAUUUCGUGUGAUUGACAAUCCACAAGCAGAACAAGGAUGUUCAUGUGGUGCUUCUUUUGCACUUAAAUUGUGAAUCUUGUUAAUGUUUUAUUAUGUUAAACCUGUGAUUUCACUUGGAUUUAUACCUAGUUGAUAAGUGUUUGGACUUAUUCAGGCUCCUUCUUUACAGUAGAGUAUGAUCAAAUACAUAUUCUAGUACAGUUCAGUUUAAUAUCCUAUAACAAAGACUAUGCUUCCAAAUAUUUAAAAUUACAAUGACAAUGUCAAAAAUCAAACUUUGACAUGUCAUAUUAUGUUAUUUAACCAGGGUCAUUCAAAUUGCAAUUUGAAAGACCCUGGUUUAGUUAACAAUGACAAGUGAAUAACUUCUUGGCUUACUAUAGUACAAAAUAGUUUAAUGAUUUCACCUCCUAUUAAAAGAGUGUCUUGCUAAAAAAGAUUUUCAGUUUGGCAUUGUCAUGUGAUUGUUGCAUUUUGGUUAUUUUAUUCAGAAGUUACUAAUUUGAUUACUCAGACCUCAGGUUUUUGUUAUUACUUUGCAUCUGAAUUUGGACCAUGCAAUUGUUCUUAAUAAGAUUCUCUUAAGCAAAUAUUUAUUUUGAAAUUCUGUGUUAUGAGUGCAUGUACAUUAUAAGUGUGAUUGUAUUAGAAUGUUCUACAGUUGCAAUAAAUGGUUUAUAUUUAUUUAAAAGACUUUUAUUGUCAGAGUUGCAUUUGUUUUGCACUAAAUGUUUUGCACCUUUGAGAACAAGCAUUUGAUUUAUAUUUUUUUAAUUACAACUUAAUGAUAAUUUAUUAAACAUUUAUGAGUAUUUACUGUUCAAUGUAAAAGAGAAGUGAAUAGGAGUUCAAGCUUUUCUUAUUAUGGCAUAUUUGGUAGAGAAAUUUAGUUAGAAUUUGUGAUCUUUAAAAGUUUAUUAAAAAGUAAGCUGAAACUGUUACUUUGCAAACAAAGACAGUAACUGUUACUUUGUAAUAAAAGCAGACAUAGCUUUACACAAUUGAAUUUUAUUUUGUUUUCUUAUAUAUAAAUGGUCAUGUCUCCAACUGUUCUAUGAUAUAGUUUGUUAUUUGUUAUAUAAAAUAUGUGUUGCUGUUUUUGAAUAAAUACAAUAUGAAAUUUCACAAUAAUUUGUUAUAAAACGUUUUUAGCUUACCUUAACACAAAGUGCUCAUAGGUAAGCUUUUGAGAUAGUAGUGUGUUUCUCAUCCACCACAAUUUCUAAUAAAAUCUUGUCCUUAACCACUU